GUUGUGGGAGACCUGUUUUGACUAGCCAAGAGCAUAUGGCGCUGGCAACAACCACAGUAGAGGUACCAGGCUUGUCCAGCCACGAUGAUCAAUGAAAUCAUAUCCAGGUUAGUGUAGCCACCAGGGAGCUCGAAAAGACCCUUAAAUAUCCUAGACAGUGUGCAUUGAACAGGACGUUCGCCACGUUUACUGUCACAUUAUUCUCUACCGGUCAGCCUAGGCGGCUAACAUAGUAUCUCAUCGGCCCGUACGCAACGUCACACGAACUAAGAAAGUAUACCAUGAGUUUCAUGCUUAGGGAUAUGCUUGGCUAGAGAAUUGAAUCUGACUGGGGGGUUGUCUUCCCCAACUGCUUUUCGCAGAUAACAUCUACAUAUUUUCUCCAUCGGUAGUCGAUCGUACGGGUACGAAAGAUGAGCAUAACCAACGAAACCAAAACUACCGAGGCGGGUCUACGGACUUCCUUCCCCAUCGCCAUGCUCAUGUCCGCUUUUCUCGCUAUUGCGUUUUAUGGAGUCAUCGAGUUAACACUUCUUAUUUUUCUUACCUUCAGGAGAUGGCGAGGGCUCUACUUCUGGAGCUUAGUAGUGGCCACAUGGGGCAUAGCAGUCAAUGGUGUUGGAUACAUCCUCAAGUUCUUCGAAGUUACAACGGCAAACUAUUUUUCAGCGACAUUGAUCAUCAUUGGCUGGAUAUGUAUGGUCACUGGACAGUCCGUUGUCCUUUACUCCCGACUCCACCUGGUACUAUACGAUUAUUCUAAAGUACGAGGCGUCCUCAUCCUUAUCAUCGCCAAUGUUUUCAUAUGCCAUAUUCCAGUGGCAGUGUUGGUCUACGGGGUCAACUCUUCUCACCCAGCUCCAUUCGUGAGACCUUACGAAGUCUACGAAUGCGUCCAGCUUACGAUUUUUGCUCUCCAAGAAGUUUUCAUCUCUGGACUAUACAUCUACUACACUACGAAAAUGCUUGGCCCGGUCUAUGAGGCAAAUGGCAAGACCCGAAAGAGUGUAAAAACGCACCUCAUAUACAUCAAUGCCAUCCUCAUCGUCCUCGAUGUGAUCCUUGUCAGCCUCCAGUACGCCGGCCUCUACGAGAUCCAAACAUGUCUCAAGCCAGCGGUCUACAGCAUCAAGCUCAAACUCGAGUUCAACAUCCUCAACCAACUCCUACAGCUGAGUAAGUCCCAGAGUCAGGGCUCACGGACUCGCUCGGGAUGCUAUGGAAGCACUACCUUGUAUUCGCACAAAUCUAUCAUCGACCCAACGAACAACAACGAGAACGAUAUCCCGUCCUUCACCUCAUUCAUACACGGAAACGGUAUCAGUCUAGUGGGUAUACAAGGUCAAAGUGUGAUGAGGACAACAGAGAUAAUCAUUGAAAGAGAGGAAUAUCCUUCCAGAGAUAACGCGAGCCAAGAAACGGAUCAUCAAGGUACUGGAAUUGUAAAUAAGAGCUUAGAGAAAGUGUCGCCUUCUUCUUCACAAACACAGCUUGCUCAGGCUGGAUUUUGAAAUUCUAGCAUGUAAUAGGGCGAUAAAAACCAUACUCGGUAUAUUGUUAUUGUAAAGUAACAGACGAUUGGUAAAGCUAUUACUGUAAGAUUACGGAUAGAAGUCAUGUAGUUAUAC